UGUCUUUGAUGCCAGGGUAAUGAAGGGGAAAUGUAAAUAAAGAAAAAAAAUCACAGAAAAUGUUUCUGUAGUUUGGAGAAAUUCCCAGAUCUGUGAUUGAAGAGAGCAAACGGAAAAGGAUGAAAAGUUGAUAGUGUUUAUGAUGUUAGGAGCGGUGCAAUUGGGAGCAGCGGCGGCGUGCGUGGUGGUUUUAAUCCCGAUGGGAAUGGCCGGUUGGCAUUUGAGCCGAAACAAGGUGCUCUUUUUCAGCGGCGCCCUUUUCAUUUCUCUAGCCAUUUGCGUCCAUUUGACUCCCUAUUUCCCUUCGCUCCCCGAAUUCGUCAACUCCGUUUCUUCCGUCGUAGUCUUCGAUCCCCGCACUUCGUGCACCAAUUUGGUCAACGACAUUUCUUGGCAAGUCAACCCCAAAAACGCUUCUUCCCGUUUUCACAUCAACGCCACCGACGAUCUCGAUUUGUACGAUAAGCGCUGGGACUGGUCCGGUUCCCACAAGCUCAAAGCUUGCGACUUUCAGAAAUUGUCUAGAUCCGAUGCUUCCGAUUUGUUAAACGGAUCCUGGGUGAUCGUCGCCGGUGAUUCGCAAGCUCGAUUGUUCGCCCUCUCUUUGUUGAGUCUGGUUUUUGGGUCCGAAUUCCAACGCAUGGAUUCGGUCAGAGCCGAUUUGUUCAAGAGGCGUAGUGAUUACAGCAUUUUAGUUGACGAAAUCGGUAUGAAAAUGGAUUUCGUUUGGGCGCCUUACGUUGUGAAUUUGACCGAUUUGAUCACUGAUUACAAAACCCAAAAGAGCUGCCCUGAUGUUAUGGUCAUGGGGGCUGGUCUUUGGGACAUGCUUCAUUUCAACAAUACAUCAGAUUAUGAGUUUGCCUUGCGGAUGUUGAAAAGUAAAGUAGUUUCUUUGUUGCCAUUGUCGACUGAGUUGCCCAUGAAUGAACCAGUAGUUGGUUCAGUCCCCAUCAAGUCAUCCUCCCAUUUGUUUUGGCUCGGCAUGCCGGUGCUGAUCAAUGGGAUGUUGAAUACAGAGGAGAAGAGGGAGAAGAUGAGCGAUGCAGUGUGGCAUGCUUACGAUCGAGCACUCGGCGAUAGUAAGCUAUUACGCCAAACCGGCGGCCCUCUGCAUUUGCUGGAUUCCCAGUCAUUGACUUGGAAUUGUGGUCCGCGUUGUACAUCCGAUGGUAUGCAUUAUGAUGGAGCUAUCUAUGAAGCUACCGUUCAGAUAAUGCUAAAUACAUUGCUUAUUGAAUCUCAUCAGAGGCUUUGAUUAUACCUAUGAUUUCCCAGGUUUUCUCCCCUGCUUUG